AUGCGCUCCUCCGUCGCCCUCGUCGUCGCCGCCGCCGCCGCCCUCACGGCCGCGACGCCGUACCAGUGCCCGCCGCUCGGCCCCGUCCUUCCCAAGGCCGAGAACCCGAGCACGCACCCCGCUGUCCAGGCUGCCGUGUCCGCCUUCAUUGCGGGGCUUGAGGCCGAGACAGCGACGUUCACCGCAUCCGCCGUGUCCAUCGGCGUCAAGUCGUCGGUCGAGGAGGGUCCACUGGUGGACUUCCAUUUCACGCCGCCUGAGCGGGACCCUCGGGGCGCCGGCGUCGUGGACGCGCACACGGUGUACCGGCUCGCGAGCGUGACCAAGGUGUUCCCCGUGCUGGCGGCGCUGCAGAACUCGGACCUCAUCGGGUGGGAGGACUCGGUGGCCAAAUUCAUCCCGGAGCUGAGGGACGCGCCGAAGGGCGAGCUGGAUUAUGUUGAUUGGGAGGACGUCACGGUCGAAGCUGCGGCCGUGCAUAUCGGCGGUGUUGCGGCCGAGAUGAUGACGGACGGCGCGGCGUAUCCCGGGGAUUGGGAGGCCAUCGGGCUGCCCCCCGUGGCCGAGGAGGACAAGCCGAAGUGCGGCGGUUUCCUGGGUCUGCCAGCUUGCACGAGAGAAGAGUUCCUGGACGCGCUUAAGAGCCGGCGGCCGCCCGUCUACCCGGCCUACCAGUCGCCCGUCUACUCGAACCUCGGCACGGCGCUCGUGGGGCUCGUCGUCGAGGGGGCCACGAAUAAGACGCUCGAGGAGGUGCUGGCCGAGUCCGUCCUGGGCCCGGCGGGGAUGGGCAACACGACGUACGGGAAGCUGCCGGAGGACCUGAGCACGCUGUUCAUCCCGGCCAACGACACGUACUACGACUUUCAGCUGGGCGUCCUCGACCCGUCCGGCGGCAUGUACUCGACGACGGCGGACAUGCUGCGGUUCGGCGACGCGAUCCUCCGGAAUAAGCUGCUCAGCCCGGCCAAGACGCGGCGGUGGCUCAAGCCGUCGUCCUUCACGUCGGCGCCUGGCAGCUUCGUCGGCAAGCCGUGGGAGGGCAUCGCUUCGGAUAACCUCACGGCGGACGGGCGGCUCGUCGAGGUGUACACCAAGGGCGGCGACCUCAUCACCCACCACGCGCUCCUGGUCGUCGUGCCCGAGUACGGCAUCACCAUAUCGGUGCUCGCGGCCGGGAUCGAGGUCAGCGGCGGGCUGUACUCGUACUACAUGUUCAAGAUGGGCGACCUGCUGCCGCCGCUGAUCCGGGCGCUGGACGAGGCGGCGCGGGACGAGGCGCGGGACCGCAUCGCGGGCACGUACGCCGACGAGGCGACCAACUCGAGCCUGACCAUCUCGCUCGACGGCGGCUGGGGCCUGCUGCUGUCAGACUGGCGCAUGAAGGGGUUCGAGGUGAUCCCGAACCUGAGUCGGUACAGCUUCCUGGGGGUCAACGUGACGGAGCUGCCGGCGGACCGGGAGCGGACGGCGAGGCUGUACCCGACGGGACUCGAGAGCGAGGGCGGAAACCGGACGGCGUGGCGGGCGCUGUUUGACACCUUCACGGCGGCGCAGCGGGACGCGGUGGACGACCUGCUUUUCUACCCCAACGCGUCGUGCGUGUCGUGGCUCUCGAUGGACCGGACGACGUACGACUACAAGGGGCUGGACCACUUCGAGUUCGCGUACGGCGAGGACGGGCGGGUCGAGAGCGUGCUGCCGAAGCCGUUUGCGCUGAGCCUGCAGAGGGUUGAAUGA